AUGGGAGCGGGGUGGUGGAAGUUGUGUUUGUGCGUCUUGAGGAUUGUUGCCGCUCCAUGUUGGGGCAUCAGACCGUGUCCGGAAGGGGCUACAAUCAAUGUGAUCCUGCUGGAGGAUGAAGAGUCUCCCUGGAGUCUGAGGUUUGUGAGGGGAGAAAUACAGAAGGCCAUAGAGACAGAUUCAACCAUUAAUGCUGCAGAAGAUGCAAGGUUUAAUCUCACGGCUAACUAUGCCGGGUUCAACACAACCUUUUAUCGACAUAGAGGCUGCCAGAGCAGCGUGUGUGAGGGAGUGGACGAGCUGAAGACCUUGAUUAAUUCGGGCACCCUGGGGUGUGCCGUGCUCGGGCCAACCUGCACCUACGCUACUUUCCAAAUGGUUGAUGUGGAAAAAGGUCUGAAGCUUGGUACGCCCAUCAUCUCGGCGGGAAGCUUCGGUCUCUCCUGCGACAACACGGUCAACCUGCAGCGCCUCCUGCCGCCGGCACGCAAGAUCUCCGACUUUUUCAUCAACUUCUGGCAAGACAACAACAAGUUAAAAUCUGAGUGGGAGACGGCUUACGUUUACAAGAAACAGAGCAACACGGAGGAUUGCUUUUGGUAUAUAAAUGCACUUGAUGCAGACUCGAGCAAGUUUUCCCAAAAGAUUCAGAGAACGGUGCUGCGCAAACCAGACGAUCUGCAAAAAGCACUGAUAGCACGCAACAGGACGAGCAACUUGUUCAUCAUGUGCGGAUCACCAAUGGAUGUAGAGGAGAUGAAGAGUAUCUCCGAGGCAGACAGCAGCGAUAUUCUCUUUAUCCUGAUUGAUCUUUACAACGAUCAAUAUUACACCAACACAUCGUCGCUGCCGUCCAUGAGGAACGUGUUGGUGCUGACGAUGCCCAACACCAGACACUACAUUAUCAACACGGACCUGACAGACAACAACACGAUGAAUGAUUAUAUGGCUGCGUACCACGAUUCAGUGCUGCUGAUAGGCCAGCUGAUGAGGGACAUUGUUGAUAAGAAUAAGUCGGAUGUUCAGCAGAUAGAGUUUGUCACUGUGAAUAACUUCAGAAACAUCACUUUCAAUGGAAGUGCUGGACUCUACAAGCUGGACAAGCACGGAGACAGAGAUGUGAACCUCUCAGUCAUUUACACCACUAAUGACAACAAGUACCGACUUUUAUUCACAUUCGACACUGAGCACAAUGAAACCAAGGUGGUUGACACGGACCCUUCCUUCAUCUGGGGGAAAAAACUUCCUGAUUCCAUACCAGACCAAGGCCUGGAAUUUCAUGACAUUAUCGUCAUUGUGUUGGCUGUUACUGUGGUUGUAGUGGCCACCAUCGCCUUCAUUUUCUACAGACAGAACAGGAGAGAACGUCAGGUCAGGAAGCGCUGGUCGCACAUCGCCUCUGAUCUCAUCACACUGCUGGAGAACAACGAACUCAAUGUCGUCUCUCUUAAAAUUGAUGACGAGAGGAAAAACAUGAAAUUCCCGAUCCGCCGUGCGCUCUACGAUAAGAAGGUUGUGAUUCUGAAGGAGCUGGAGCACUCGGACGGGAACUUCAACAACACCCAGAUGUUUGAGCUUAAUGACCUCAUGCAAAUCGACUAUUACAACCUCACAAAGUUUUAUGGCACGGUGCAGUUUGAUCAGGGUGUGUUCGGAGUGUUUGAGUACGGAGAGAGGGGGUCGCUCAGGUAUGUGCUGAACGACAAGGUUUCGUACCCAGAGAACACCUUCAUGGACUGGGAGUUCAAGAUCUCCGUCAUGUAUGACAUCGCCAAGGGCAUGUCCUAUCUGCAUGCCAGUCACAUCCAGGUGCACGGUCGCCUCAAGUCCACCAACUGUGUGGUGGACAACCGCAUGGUGGUGAAGAUCACAGACUUUGGCUGCAACAGCUUUCUUAGCCCCGGCAAAGACUUGUGGACCGCUCCGGAGCAUCUGAGGAGACAGGGCACGUCUCAGAAAGGAGACGUCUACAGCUUUGCCAUCAUCGCUCAGGAGAUUGUUCUCAGAAAAAGCACCUUCUACACCACAUGCUGCUCCGACCGAGCAGAAAAGCUUGCCAAGGUUAUCAUGUCCUACUUCAGACCUGAUCUUAACUUUAACACAGCUUCAGAGAAAGAAUCAGAGGUGUACAUGUUGAUAAAAUGCUGUUGGGAUGAGGAUCCAGAAAGAAGAACCGACUUUAAGAGGGUGGAAAACUGUCUGGGGAAAAUCAUCAGUAAAAUUCAUAACCAGGACAAUGAGAGCUACAUGGAUAACAUGAUCAGACGGCUGCAGAUGUAUUCAAGAAACCUGGAGAACCUCGUGGAGGAGAGAACGGUCCUGUACAAAGCGGAGCGGGACAGAGCAGACUGCCUCAACUUCAUGCUGCUGCCCGGCCCGGUGGUGAAAAGCCUGAAGGAGUCGGGUGUGGUGGAGCCAGAGCUGUACGAAGAAGUGACGGUAUACUUCAGCGACAUCGUCGGCUUCACCACACUGUGCCAGUACAGCACACCGAUGGAAGUCGUGGACAUGCUCAACGACAUCUACAAGGGCUUCGACAGCAUCCUCGACCACCACGACGUCUACAAGGUGGAGACGAUCGGCGACGCCUACAUGGUGGCGUCCGGGCUUCCGAAGCGAAACGGGAACAGGCACGCGGUAGAUAUCUGCCGCAUGGCGCUGGAUAUCUUGGCGUUCAUGGGUACUUUCCAGCUCCGACACCUGCCUGGUAUCCCUGUGUGGAUACGUAUCGGCGUUCACUCAGGUCCGUGUGCAGCAGGCGUUGUGGGGAUAAAGAUGCCCAGAUAUUGUUUGUUUGGAGACACAGUCAACACGGCGUCUCGCAUGGAGUCUUCAGGACACCCCCUGCGGAUCCACGUCAGUCAGCCGACUAUAAAUAUCCUGCAGAGGACAGACUGCAAGUUCGAGUACGAGAUGAAAGGAGAAACGUUUCUGAAGGGUAAAGGAACAGAGACGACCUACUGGUUGACAGAUGAGACGGGAGAAGACUACGACCUUCCAACUCCACCCACAACGGAGAACUUCCAGCGGCUCCAGCAGGACCUCGCCAACAUGAUCCUGGCGUGUCUGGAGCGGCGCUCUCGAGGCUCCAUCCAGAGGAGGACGCCGCUCUCCAGUCAGAGCAAAGAGGACGACGAGGCAUCAGAGGUGGAGUCUGAGAGUGACCAGCCAGAGUACCUGCAUCUGGCCACUGUGGAUAACACGCUCAGCACAUUCCUGUAGCUCCUCUGCUGCAGAGCACGUACAGUCACAUGUCAAAUACUAAAAUAUUCUGCAAGACUGGGAAGCGACCAGCAGGUCGAGCCCGAGGGAAGGAAGUGUGCAACAUCGAGCAGAGAUGCGAAGAUUCAUUUACUUCAGCCUGCACAGAGGAUAUUCAGUAUCUGUCAGGUUCAUUGUUUAAAUGUGUUUAAUUACAGCUUGGUCUUAAACACGAGUCAUGAGAGACUUGAUACUGAAUUUACUCCUUGUGCUUAUAUUUCUUUCUGAGAAUCAUUAACACUUUACCAAGUGUGCUAAACUACAAGCACGGUUUGUAAUAUUAUAACACACUAUUAGCAAAACUGUAAACACUAUUUACUAUCGUCUUCCCACAUCGCCACAUGUGAAAACACUUUUGUAUAAUAAGUUCACUUAUAAAUCAGAGCUUGAGCACAAUAAAUACAGCAACGAUGGAGGCCAGUACUGGACAGAGAGGAAGAAGAGGAGGAUAAAAAUAAAGAGCAACGCUGUAGAUGAAGCUACAUUGUGACAAGAUGCAACUUAAUUCAACAUAAUGGCA